CAUCAUCAUGUCGUCCCGCUCGACUUUUCAGACGACGGCGAGGAUGAAUAUGAUGUCCUGUGCGGAGUGCAAGCGGUCGAAGAUAAAAUGUGACCGCAACGUUCCGUGCCAGUCGUGUGUAAGGAGAGGAUGCGCGAAUGUUUGUCCCAAUGGGACGAUGGCCGCUACCAAAGCCAACAAGACUCUCAAGGCGCAAACGGAAAAGUUCUCAGCACGCGUCAAAUGCCUAGAAGAGCGCGUCAAGGAACUCGAGGGUGCUCUCCUCGAAGCCGUCGGCAGCCCCGAUCAUCCCCUGCUCCAGGAUCAAGCCUCCUCGGAAAAGGACAUUAACGAGGUCUCUGAGGGCAUCGGCGCACUCAUUGUCAGUGAGGAUGGCCGAACACGAUAUCAGGGCGAGGGCGCAGCGAGCGAGUACCUCCUCGACAUGAUCAUACGACAAGAGGGCGGGGACCAGCCAGAUCCAUCUGAACUAUGUCUCCCCUCGGAGAUCGUCGCCCUUGUCAACGCAUUCCCCUUCGGUGUGAAGAAGACGAGGCUUACUAAGGCUAUCUUUGCGCCAUACAUCCCCACGCGCGAGCGCACGCUGCAGCUCACGGACUUGUACUUCAAGCACUUGGGAUGGCUCUACGAACCCAUCACCCGCCAGGACCUCAUGUCGAGCAUCAUUGACCCGCUGUACCCGCACACGGGCAACGUCGCGAACCCGCUUGGCAGCGACACUGUCAACGUCGACGCCGUCUCCUCCCAUCGGCUCUCCGUUCUCUUCUUCAUGCUCUGCUGCGGGCUGCUGCACGAGCCCGAUGAGCCGUCCGCCUCUCCUGCCUCAAACCAUUCCAAUGGCGCGAACGGUUCACCGAACACGGCUACUGGCUGGAAUGUGCAGCCAGCGCACUCCUCACCGCCGACGCACCCGACUGCCACAGCGCAGGAGAGCAAGUUUCUGUCUGCGCAGUAUCAGGCUCUGGGGCGCGCGGCGCUGGCGCUGGAGCCGGUGUUGUGGGAUGUGUCGUGCGCGACGGUGCAGGCGCUGUUCUUGCUCAUUAUCCUGUUGGAUGCGAAUGAUAGGAAGAGUAACGAGGAGCGGUGGAUGCUGGUGGGCGUGUGUGCGCGCGCCGUGCCGGUGUUGGGAUUGCAGCGCGAUGGCGGCUCGUGGGGCUUUGACAAUGAAGAGGUCGAGCGAAGGCGGAGGUUGUUCUGGGAGUUGUAUAUCCUGGAUGGGUGCACGAGCAUCACCAAUGGUCGGCCACCAUCGCUCAUGCUGCAGCAGACAGACACGCGCUUCCCAGUUGAGUAUGGCCCAGAUGAGUGGGAUAAGAUGACAUUCCACGACUGGAUGCAGCGCUUCGCCUCCUGCUGCCUCAACUCCGUCGUCCGCUACGCAUUCUGCACGCGCGGGACGACGUACAAGACGCUGCUCGAGCUCGAUCGGAAGAUUCGGACGUUCCCCGUGCCGAAGGCGCUGAGGCCGCCGGAGCCGGCGAUGGGGAGUGCGGGGGCCGCGAGUGUGGGGAGCAGUGCUAGUGGGUCGAGCAGUCGCAGUGGGGUGAGCAGUGGCAGUGGGAUGAGCAGUGGUAGUGGCGCGAGCGGCUCGAGUCUAAAUGGGCCAGGUAACGGUGCGAACGGCGCCGCGGACGGGAAUGAGGGUUGGUCGCCGGACCCCUGCAUCGCGAUGCAGCAGAUGGCGAUUCUGAACGAGAAGGAAGCGAAUCUCCUGUACCUCCACCGCCGACACUUCGGGAAGCCCUUCGUGCAGCCCGACGGCGCGCAUAUACCCGUUUCCUCCACCGAGCAGGUGAUGGCGAGCCCGUUCGCGCCAUCUUUCCUCGCUACGUACCGCAGCGCGACGCGCCUCGUGCGCGGGAUGCGCAGUGUGCAUGCGGUGCAUCCUGAGAUGACGGAGAGGCAGUGGCACUUUUGGACGAGUGUGUUCUCGGCGUGUCUCGUGCUGGGUGCGACGUGUAUACACGGCGGGGAUACCCCGUUUACGAAGGAGGCGUUGCAAGAACUCGAAGAGGCCGUUGAGUUCUUUGAGCGCGGGUCGAGGCGGUGUCGACAUGCGGGAACGAUGCCCUCUCUGGAACGUCUUUUGCGGCAGUCCCGCGCCUGCGCGAAGGGCGACCUCCCACCAGGCGGCGAAUGCAUCACCGGCACGGACCGCGAGAUCUGCCUCCUCGCCUGUCCGCAGAAGUGGUUCCUGAAGAAGGCAGCCACUGCCCAGACGGUCUCCGCCGAUGCCAUAAGAGCACAACAGGCCGCUGCUGCCGCUAGCGCCGCCGCCGCCUCGAGCGGGGACCGCCCGGUCCCGGACGUCGGCGCCUGGGGCGACAGGUGGGCGCUGUACCCGCCUAUGGGAGGCGAUGUGGACGGUGUUGGAUUAGGAUGGGCGAGGGAUUUGGUCGGCGGGCAGAUUCCGCUCACUAAUCCAGAUCAGCCACCGGCGGCGAGUGGGCAGCCAUCCACGACGAGCGGGCAGACGCCGCUCGCCAACGGUCAGCCAUCGCUCGCCGACGGGCAAUCACAGCUACCGAACGCGAACGCCCUGCGCAGCGGGUUCGACGCCAUGUUCGGGUACGGGCAGCAGGGGUACUCCGCGUCGCCCGACUACACGCCCUUCGGCAUGGUGGGCAUGGCGGUCCCCGGUGCUGGCGCGGGCGGCGACGGGGACAUCACGAUGGGUUUCAGUGGUUUUGGCUUCGAUGGGGGGAUGGGGCUGGGGAUGGGCGUGGGGAUGGGGAAGGGCGAGGAGGCAAGCUUGGGCGGGACGGGUUUGAGCACGCUCAACACAGGCGGCGCGAUGGAGGCGGACCCGGCGAUGGAUGCGCUGCUGAGGCAGAUGGCGGGGGACGCGGGCGCGCGGACGGAGGCGAUGUCGUGGGAUGCGCUGAUGAAGGAUCUGGGCAUGGAUGGGACAAGGUGAGGGGUUGGGUAGUUGGUUUGGGUGCGGACAUGGAUCGUAGAUCUGCAGUUUGUGUACACUUAGUAGGGUGGAUGGAAAUCUCGAAGUUAACUUGUAUAUCACGAUAUUUUAUGCGUACAGGCCUUUCAAAGUAUAUAGUGCCAAAGCAUGAGUGCCGUACCCCUUCCAGA